AAAAAUGUAUCCUUUUCAAAAUCAACAGCAGCAGCAGCAACAACAACAUGUACCUUUGCCACCUUCACAACAAACGCAUUAUCAACUUCGUUACCCUCCAGCAAUGCUGCCGCCCAAUCACGCUGCUGCUGCAGCUGCUGCAGCAACAAUGGGCCAACCUCCUCCCUUCCAACCACCACCAGCAACAGGCCAAGCACAUCCACAACAUCCCCUUCAACAACAAGCGAUGUAUCAAUAUCACAUGGCGGCACCACAUCCUUCCACAUUUCCGCCCCAUCCAAGUAAUAUAUAUAUUGCUUCAUCUUCCUUACAACAACAUGCUCAAGCACCACAACAACUUCCUUCUGGAGGGCAAAAUGGAAUAGUUAGUGGAGGACAUCCAUCACUUCUUGGAGGUGCUAAUAUUCAUCCAGGCAUUAAACCUUCUCAAAGAGAAUCAGUAGACAAAUUAGUAAUGCAAAUAUCUAACCCAAAACAACAAAUAACUCCAGAAUUGGUGUAUGAAAGACGUUUAUUUUUUGAAAGGCUUGUAAUGUUAAAUGAACAACAUGGAGAAGUUUUGAGUGGUCCACCACAAGUUUCUAAAUCACCAGUGGAUUUAUACUCGCUUUAUUAUGCUGUUAAAUUACGUGGAGGAUUUGAGAAGACAAUUCGCGACAAAAUUUGGAAAAAUUUAUGUGUUGAUGCAAAUACUGAAAUGCAACAAUCAUCAGCAGCAGGCUUUCAACUACGCAAGCAUUAUCAAAAAUAUUUAUUAAGAUUGGAAUGCCUUGAAACUGGCCAAAAUAUAAAAGAAUUGGUUGAAUUUGCUGAAAAACAAAAAAAGAAGAAAAAAGAAAAAGAAAUUAUUCCCCCAACAGCAGCAACACCGAUACCUACAGCUGGAGGUCCUGGUACUCCUUCAUCAAGUACUUCAUCUUCUAUAGCUGGCAAAGAGGAACAACAACAACAAAUUAAAGGAGAACAACAACAACCACAAAGACCUUCUCCAUUUGGAAGUGUUGUUAAUGCUUAUCCUCCAACACAAGGCUACUCUUUUCAACCUGCACCAGGCGAUUUCGGAGCAUCUCCAGCUGCUGGGUAUCCCCCACCUCCACAACAUUUUGGUCCUGGCGGUCAAUAUUUGCCUUCUUCGCAAUGGAAUGCUUACCAACAACAAAUGUUUCUUCAGCAAAGAAUGAGGGGACCUCAACAACCAUCACCUACAAAUCCUUCAACUGUUUCUGGAAAGCAACAACAGGCGGAAGAUGAACAUCAACAAUUACAACAACAACAAGGACGCAUUAUUCCUUCUUCAACUUCAUCAUCACGCUUGUCAUCGACUCCAGCGCCACCCGAUGCCCAACAACAAAACAGAGCACCUUCUACAGUCACAACAGAUUAUCAACAACAACAACAACAAAAUGAAUCUUCUAAAAGGGUUGAUGGAUGUGAAAUAGAUGGAGGAGGAGGAGAUACUGUUCAAAAAGAGGCUAAAGGAGGAAGUAAUAAUCUGUCGACUUCAAAUGCUUCUACCUACCCUCCUAAUGCUAUGGGAAACCCACCAAAUGCAAUUCCACCAUCGUCUGGCAGUUAUUACCAACACCAGAUACCGCAUCCUUCACUUUAUGUCCCUCGUUUUUCUCCAGGGAGUUUGCCGUCGUCUUCUGAUUAUGCUCAGGGAAUGUAUGGAGGCACACCUAGAAUGCCACAACAGCCACAAGUUUGGUCACCAUAUGGAGGAAUGCAAAAUCCUGCAGCAGUUGUACGUUAUCAUCAUCAACAACCACCGACUGUUGGAACUCCAAUUAAUCGUUUUUCACAUCCUUAUUCACAACAAUCAACUUCUCAACAACAACCAAAUAUGCCUAUUGGAGCUGUGAAUUCCCCGCAACUUUUGGCUGCUUCACAGCCGCAACUACACCCGCAAAGUUCUGGCAAGCACCACUCAAAAGGGAGAAAUGCUGGUCCUGGAAUGUUACCAAUAGCUCCAUCUGUCCCAGUUGCUGCCUACACAAAUCCACAGCCUCCCCAACAAUUUCCAGCUUGGUUUGGGUCGUCAACAUUAUCAGCACAACAACCUCCUUUUGGUCCCUAUACAUUAGAGGCUCAAGCAAUUACACACGUUCAACAACAACAAUCACAAAUACAGCAACAGCGAUAUAGGAGACCUAAAGUUUAUGCACGUGAUUUGCAAGGGGUCACCCCUUCACGUAUUAUUAUGGCUUUACGAAGUGCUUUACAUGUGGAAACAUGUUGGGCAUUAAAUGCGUUAAAUAUCCAAUUAUAUGAUGAUACAACUCCAAAUUGUUAUCCUUCAUUUUCACAAACACCUGAAUUUCUUAAUUUGUUGGUUGAACAUUUUGCUGCGGUGCUAAGCCUUUUAUUUCCUAAAAAUUUUGAUGAAAAUUUGUUAAAUUUUUCUUCAUCAAAAAUAUUAACAAAACGAAAUUCUUUAACAACAAAAAAUUCAAAAAAUCUAACAACAAAUCAGCCAAAAAUCGAGCCAGUCUCUUUAAUGGUUCGCCCACCGCCUUUAUAUCCUUCGCCUUCAACUUCAUUUGCUAAUAUUGGAACAAAUAAUGUUUCUACUACAACACCUAAUUUUACUUUGGUUUCACGACUUGGACGCCAAGUAAAAUUAGACAUGACAACAGAAAUUCCGCCUGAAUUAGUUUUACAGUUAGAGAAGACAGAGAAUGAAGAAACAUUUAAUGAUGAGAGAGAAGAACAAAAUCAGAAUUUGGAAUAUUCAAAAACAACUUGGAGAACUGCUUUUAUAGAACGAAUAAGGCAAUCAAUGCUGGAUCACAUCAAUUCUCGUCAAUCAUUGUCUAAACUUGCUCCUCGCUUCAAAAAGGAAAAAAAUGAAGAAAAUAAUUUAGAAAAUGAAGAGAAGGAGAAUUUAGAAGAAGAGAAAUUUAAUAAAGAUUCUGUUAAGAAAGAAAAAGUUGAAGAAGAAAAUGGGGAGAAUGAAAAUAAGAAGAAUGAAGAUGAUUCAACAACAAAAACAAAAAUACCUUUCUUUUACAGAAAACCUCUUCAAUGGGAAAAUUGGGAUCGUUAUAGUAUGGAUGAAUGUUCUUUAAUUAGUAGACAACCUGUAUUGUGUAAUCAACGUUCUAUUACCUCUUCUGUUUCUUCAGCAGCAUUAACCCAAGAAUUGAUAGAUCGUUGUUUAGCUUUGUCAAAUAUUUUCCGUGGUUUUUCAUUUCUUGGUGAACAGAAAGUUUUGUCUCAACAUGAAGGAUUGUUAAGGCUGUUGGCUGCUAUUUUGAUGCUUCAUUGUAGUGAUCAAAGUAGAAAACGAACACCUGGAGAGGCUCCUCGUCAAUUUUCUUUCCCUCGCCCUCCACCUGAAGAAUCAAUUAAAACUGAACCUGGUGAUAUCAGCAAAUCUGUCGUUAGCAGCACAAGUAACGCUUCUACUGUCUCUGCCGUCCCAGCAGAAAAAGAUACACAAGAAAAAUGGUUGUUGGAAGUGGCAAACCAAUUACGUGAUGAUGCUUUUACUAUUCUUGCUCAUAUUUCUCCACAGUUGGACUUGUAUGAGGUUGACAGCGAAAUUUCUUUCCCAAUUUUUGAUGCUCUCCUCCAUUGGUCUGUCUGUACAGAUUUGGCAGCAAGGGAUCCAUUACCUCCUUUUGGAGCUAUUUCACCCAAACAUUAUGUAUUGGAAAUUUUCUGCAAAAUGAGCGUUCUUGAAAGAAAUAUCGAUCUUCUUUUGGCUACGGGGCCGUGGAGCCGUAUUGAAGAAUUUGUGAGACAACUCUGUUCAUUAAUUUGUGAAGAACCUCCAGUACGAGAAUUUGCUAUAGUUAUUUUGAAUGCUUUAUGUGCCGCUAGUGAACCUGUUUGUCAUGUUGUAACUGAUGAAACUUCAUUAUUGGAUCAUCUUGUUUCGUUUUUGGAAGCGGCAGAUGCUAACAUGACACAAAUUGCUCAACAUCAAGGCAUCCAUGCUUUAAGAGAAAACCCUGAAAUUAUUGGAACUUCUGUGGGAAUGCUCCGUCGAUCAACUUUGAUUAUGACACAUAUUGUAAGGCAUGAACAAUGUCGAAAACAUUUUCAACGACUUCAGCAUCGUUUGCUGCAAUUUACUGUUUCACAUUUUAUGGAUUCCCGAGUUGCUGCUAUGGUUUCUGACAUUCUUUAUGAAAUGCAAAAAGGAGAAAAUGGAGGAGGAACAGGAGGGGAUCCAAAUAAUGAAGAACUUGUAACUUUAACCACAAAUAAAAGAACAGAAAAAAAUAUUGGAGAUGAACAACAGGAGCAACAAAAAUCGUCUCCAAAAUUAUUGAAUGGGGAUGAAUCUAUAAAUGAAGGAGGAGGAAAUUCUAAUAAUUCUAGCAACAAUAAUAAUAAUAAUUGUGGUGUUGGGGGAUAUGGACAUCAAAUGGAUUUUAGUAAACAAAAAAUGGAAUUUCAAUCAUCUACUAGACAUUUUUCUCUCAAUUCUUCAGACGAAUUAACGUCAGCUUUAACUUUAGCAGCUCCAUCAUCUAUUUAUUCAACAUCUUACUCUUCUAUUCCACAUCAUCAUCAUUCAACUUCUACAACAGCUCUUAGAGCAUUAUAUAAUGGAGGAACUGAAAAUUGUUAUUCCAAUAAAAAUACUUCAGAAACCCCAACAGAAAAUAAAGGAAUAAAAAUUAUUCCUUCAACACAACAAAAUGGGUGUGAUCCAUGGAUGUAUAAAAAUGAAAAUAAUAUUAUUAAUAAUUCAACAACAACAACAACAAAUAAUGAAACUCCAAUACCUAAAAAGAGGGGUAGAAAAAGACCAACAGCAACAACAACAAACACUUCUGAAACUUCUUCCCCUAAAAAAAGUUGGUCUCAGAAAAGACAAACAAAUAAAAAAGUUUCGGAAAAUCCAGCAAUGGACAAUUCAUCGACAGACAACAAUACGUCAGUAAAUUAA